GGGUUUUAACAUUUAGUGACGCAAGCACUUGUUCCGGAGGUGGGAUGGCGGCGUUUACUUUGAAGCGAAUGCACCUUUUGUGCAGAAAUGCACACUGUAAAUCAUUUCUUGGGAGUGUCAUUCGACGUGCACAGUUGUCAACACUAGACAGUGUGAAAAACAACGAACAGUGCAAAUUAGAAUAUCUUGGCGGGGACAACAAAGGUAUUGCUGUUAUUUCUAUGAACAGACCAGAAGCCAAAAACGCCCUGGGGAAGCAGUUUUUGAGAGAGUUUUCAGACUGUGCAGAAGUUGUGAAAUUUGACAGAUCUCUCAGAGUGGUAAUUCUCAGGAGUUUAGUCAAAGGGGUUUUCUGUGCAGGAGCAGACUUGAAGGAGCGAGCUAAGAUGACAGACGCUGAGACUGGACCAUUCGUGGCGGGAUUACGCGCCAGCGCCUCAGAGGUGGCUAACCUCCCCAUGCCUGUGAUAGCCGCCAUUGAUGGCUACGCAUUAGGUGGCGGGCUAGAAGUGGCCCUAGCUUGUGACAUCAGAAUAGCAUCGGAUGACUCUAAGAUGGGUUUAGUGGAAACAAGACUGGCCAUCAUUCCUGGUGGGGGGGGCACACAGAGAUUAACGCGCGCCAUUGGUCCUGCCAAGGCUAAGGAGCUGAUCUUCGCCGCCCGCAUGUUUACGGGGAAGGAGGGGGAGCAGAUGGGGGUAGUGAACCACAGUGUGGAACAAAACUCGGAGGGGGACGCAGGUUAUCAGCGGGCGCUGAAACUGGCGCAGGAGAUCCUCCCGCAGGGUCCUGUGGCACUGAGAGCUGCUAAGUUUGCCAUCAACAGAGGAAUGGAGGUGGAUAUUUCUAGUGGUUUGUCUUUCGAGGAGGCGGGAUACUCACAGGUAAUUCCUACCAAAGACAGAAGAGAGGCAAUGCAGGCGUGGCUAGAAAAAUGAAAACCCGAGUACCACGGUUACUGAUUGUUGUCAAGGCAACCUGAAAGAUAAUUGUAUUAUCCAGGCAACCAUAAAGAUGACUGUGUUGUCAAGACAACCAAUGAGAUGAAAAUCUUUUUAAAUGAUUAUUUAUCCCAGAGCUAAUUGCAUUGAUAAACAUAUAUUGUAAAUACAACAUUUAGCAAGCAGAUAGUAUUGACCAUAAAAAGUUUGUUGAAUUUUAAUUAAAAAAUUAUUAUUUUUAAACUUUUACUUUGCAACUGUUUGUUAUUGUUGAAAAUAUGUGUUCAUUUAUUAUAUUUUUUUGCAUAAUAAUUCGUCAGUAUGAAAUCUAUCUGUGACAAUUAAUUUUCACAACUGAAUACAGUCAAGCAAAAUAAAUGUUUUGUGACAAAUAUUA